AUGUCUUUGACAAACACACAACCACCAUACCCCCUCCACGACUCGGUCAAGGACCGCCUUCACCCGGAGUACGUCGAAUUCUACAACGAACACAUCAUCAACGCCCAACAGGUUCAUCUGCAACCGGUCUCGGCUUCGCGCGUCGGGGGCAAACUCAUCCCGGGUGGCGGAGAUCCCCUCCCCGUCGGCAAGACCCAAGACAUCGGGCUCAAACGUCAGCAGACUCCGGGCACCGACGACGUCCAGAUCCGAUGUUUCACCCCCGAAGGUGAACCCCCGGCCGCCGGCUGGCCCGUCAUGAUCUACUACCACGGCGGCGGUUGGGUGCUGGGCAACAUCAACACCGAGAACACCGUGUGCACCAACAUAUGCAGCCGGUCGAGGUACGUGGUCGUCACCACCGACUACCGCCUGGCUCCCGAACACCCUUGGCCCGCCGCCGUCCACGACUCCUGGGAGACGGUCCUGUGGGUGUUUGGGCGGGGCAAGUCGGCCCUGUCUCUGGACCUGUCGAACGUGGCCAUCGGUGGUUCGUCCGCCGGCGGGAACCUGGCCGCCAUCAUGACCCACAAGGCCUUGUCGCGCCCGGACCUGAAAAUCAACUUCACCACCCAACUCCUCAUCGUCCCGGUCACGGACAACACGGCCAGCGUGGAGUCGAACCCGACCUACAAGAGCAACGAGUUCACCGCGGCCCUCCCGGCAGAAAAGAUGCUCUGGUACAGACGGCACUACCUGCCCCACGAAAAGGACUGGACCAACCCGGAGGCGUCGCCGCUGUUGUACCCGGCCGAGAACUUUGCCAAACUCCCACCCGCCGAGGUCUUGGUCGGCGAGCUCGACGUGCUCAAGUUCGAAGGUGAGGACUACGCCCGGAAGUUGAGGGAGGCCGGCGUCCCCGCGAACGUACAUGUCAUGCAGGGAAUGCCCCAUCCGUUCUUGGCCAUGGAUGCCGUCCUCGAGGCCGGACGAACGGCCAUUACCAUUCUGUGUGAGAGUUUGACGAGGGCUUUGAAGUAG